AUGGAAACGGUGCAGAUCAGAAGCUUUAAGAUCUGCGGAAGUUUCAAGGUCAUCUUGUUCAAGAGAUCAGAUCUUCUCAACUGGGAUUCUUGUGAUUUAGCACUGUCAGUGCAGACACUCACUGAUAUAUUGUGCAACCAGCUUGAAAAAGAUGAGCUUAAACUGAACUCAAAGCUCAUGAAGAAACAUGGUGCUAAGCAUGGAGAUUACUAUUGA